AUGCGCCGGCUCCGCUUUCCGGUGGCUGGCUUUGUGCAGGCGGGGUUGCGCCACCGUGGCCUUCGCUGGGGCACCACAGCGACUGGCAGUGAGCCCCACCCCGAGGCGGAGGCUUCCGCUUCCCCCUCAGCGCCCUUGGACGGCGACGCCCAUUCCGUGAUGGAGCGGGCCUCGGAGGCCCGCAGGGAAAUUCACGCACUGUGGACGUCCACAGAGGCGGCGGCGGACCCGCAGGAGCGCGUGCGAGGCGUGGCGUCAAUCAUUGCGAAGUACAACCUCGACCCCGCGACUCCGCGUGAGAAGGAUGUGAGCCGUGGGCUGGGGGACGCCUUUGACCGGCUGCUGCUGCUUUGCCUUCCGUUGGGCAAAGCCGCCACAAACGGCACCGGCGACUUGGAGCUUCUCAUGCACCUCGCCGGGCGAAAUGGCAGGGAGUUGUCGGUGCGCACCAUUCAGCACCUCUUCGCCCGUACGGACUCCUUUAGCGAGGCGCUGGCCGUUUUCUACGCCAUGCGCCGCUGUCACGUGGCCAUGAACAUGGAGGCCUACUACGCCAUGCUGUACUCGUUGCAGCGACUCGAGGAGGAGGGCUGGGCGCAGCGCUUCCGCGAGGAGUGUGAGGGGCAGGCGGGGAGGGUCUCAGAGCAGGCGAUGGACUUUGUGCUGCGAGGGGUCGAUAAUGCACUUCUGCCAGAGAACAAGCCCUGGCUUGGCCGGGUGAUGUUUGGCGACCGCGACACCCCGGCGCAGCGACGCACGGCCUCUGACUAUGACGCCUUGAGCGCCAUGUGGACGGAGCGCUACAGAGACAACGCCGUUUUUCCCAACCCGGACUGA